UAUUGUCCUCUCCGCUACCCCAUAUCUACUAUUCUGCUCUGUGAAUCCCUUUGACAAAUACACCACCAUGGAUCCAUUCUCCGGCGAAGGAGAACUGCUCAAUAUAACCACCGCAUUCUACACACACGCCUACGACGCCGUUCUCGCAUUUGACACCUCAUCCCUCUCCUCAGAAAACAAGACCACCGCACAAAUCCUCAAAUACCGCGCACAAAUAGCCGCGGGCGAUGCGUCGUCCGUCAUUUCCUCCCUUAAGCAGUCGCAAGACGCCGCCUCUCGCUCAAUAGUUGCUCUGGCACAACAAGCGGCCGGCAAUCACUCUACGGCACUCGAAACCGCACUAGCUCUGUCUGAAUCUGAUGCGGAGGAGGCAGUGGUUCAGAUAUGCUGCGGGACGGUCCUCGCAGCGGCAGGCGAAUACGCGAAAGCCGUCGAUCUCCUGUCCAAACACCAGGGCUCGCUUGAAGCCGUGGCAAUACUGGUGCAGAUCCACCUGAUGCAGAACCGCACAGAUCUGGCAGUCAAGGAGGUCGCUGCUGCCAAACGUUGGGCUCAGGAUUCGCUACUCAUCAACCUAGCGGAAGCCUGGACGAAUCUAAGGGAAGGCGGGCAAGAGAAGUAUCAGUCGGCUUAUUACGUGUACGAGGAACUCGCAUCCACGCCGGGGAACACCAGCCCUACGGCGUUGGUGGGACAGGCCGUUUCCGAGAUACAUUUAGGGCGGUUAGAGGAGGCCGAGGCGGCAUUGCAGCAGGCUGUGGGAAUAGCGAAUGCAGAUGUGCAAGCCAUUGCAAACAGUGUUGUGCUGGCGAGCAUUGUUGGGAAGAAGAGCGAGGAGGUGCAAGGACUGCUCCAACAGCUACGGGAGAGAGAGGCGGAGCAUACGCUACUGAGAGAUUUGGAAGAGAAGAGCCAGCUCUUCGACAAUGCAGCGGCCAAGUAUGGUGCCAAGGUUGCAGCAUAAGAGGUGUCGCCAAUGUGAUUUGCUACGACGAGGGACGGUAUGCGGCCAGUCAGGGGAACGCGACGUCCCAAAAAUCCAAUCUUAUCCUUUCAUGAGAGAAAUGACAUAUGCAAGGCGAACGUAGGGACAGACCAACUUGCGGAAAAGGCGUUCUGAUAGAAAGCACAACUCAUAGUCGCACAAGGUUUUGUGGUGCUGCUCUGGAGUUUUUGUCCUGUCCCGUCCCGUCCGUCGAAGACUGCGAUAGUGAAGAAACUCGCGACAAUCAUCUUGGGAAGGGGGAAUUAAACACCAAGGGUCGAGAGCGAGCUGAAGCCGGAGCGCAGUAGACCUCUGCCCCAGUCGGCCGUGUGUAAUUUACAACUAUAUCACAACACAUUGCGCGGUCAAGUCUAUUGCGACUUUCAUUACGGACCACUACAGCUA